AUGUCCAACCAUAAAGAUAUUAAUGACACCCGCUGCAAUGUGUGUGGACUGAUCCGUCCGUGUCCGUGUGACGCGGAAAAAUCGAUACAUGAUAUCGGAAACAGGGACAAGGGAGUUGAUCAACCCAUCAUUAUUAUCAACCACAGAAGAAUGUCUAAAAGAAGGCACUCAUAUCCUGCACCAGGUAAGAUUCAAUUGAAAGAAAAAAAAGUAAACCACGAUUGUAUUGGCUCUUCUUUAUUGCCCUGUCUCAGAUUGCUUUAGAAAACCCACGGCGUUAUUUCAGCCAGUCCGGAUGCAAAAUUAACAACUUUGACGAGGUCAUUUAUAUAGCAGUUACAAGCACUUGAGAUUUUGAAACCCAUUUAUUUCAGCUGUUAAAGCUGUGAUUUAGGUCAGUGCGAAGUUAGCGAGUUGCAAAAAACUGAGCACUAGCCAACAAGUUGGGCCAAUCUUACCCGUCAAAUAGCCCGGAUAGCCAAUCAGAUGACACGAUUCACUUCAUCUUUCCCGCUCACAGACUUAGCCAUAUGAUAACUUGGCUUUUCUAAUUUUCAGGUUUGCACAGCCAUAACGAGGCGGGAGAGGCGCGGGGCCGCCCCUCAAAAGACCAGCAAUCAACCGUCGAGACCUUAACAAGGCAUGCUGACCUUCAAAGGACAUUGGCCGCGACACAGAAAAGCGGGAAAGCCUUGACGUUUCUCAAAGACAUAUUCGCUGCCAAUCCAGAUAACAAAAUGGCUCUGAAACUAUUCGGAAAUAAGGCAGCAGUUCUUAUAGAGCAACGUCGACAAGCGCGGAAGGGCAAAGGCGUCAUUCACCCCUUCAGCACAUUUCGCUGGUAUUGGGACAUCUUACUGAUUAUGUUUAUUUCUAUGCAUGUUAUUCUUCUACCUGUUAGUAUCGCUUUCCUAAGCGACGAUCUCUCGCUACAUUGGCUCAUCCUCAACGGUAUCUCUGAUUGCAUUUUCCUCAUAGACAUUUUUUUAAAUUUUGAAACUGGUUUUAUUGAUCCCAACAAUAAUGAUGAAGUUAUUUUAGACAAAAAGAUUAUUCGCCGGAAGUACGUGCGUAGUUGGUUUGUCAUCGAUCUGGUUUCGUCACUUCCUUUUGACUACGCCUACUUUAUAGCUUCAUCCUCGUCCACACAGCAAACGCUGAUUAAGGCAUCGCGGGCUCUUCGUAUCCUCAAACUUGCUAAGUUGUUGAGUCUUCUCCGACUUCUUCGAGUCUCAAGAUUAGUGCGAUACAUCAAGAGAUUUGAGGAGGUAUGUCUGUGUUAGCAUGGGGAAUAAGUACUAGUUUAUGAGGGACACAUCAUCUUACAUACAUGUAUCAUUCGCGCGUUCGUGUCAAAAUCUGGAAUGAGAUAUCAAGAGAAUAUCUAAUUUUGUCAGAGAAAUCCUUCAAAAAAAAUCAAAAUGGGCUCUUCUCAACAGGCUAAGGACUAAAGAUUCUUAUAUGGAGCCUGAUGGGAUAAUACUAAAUUUCAAACACGGCAAAAUUGAAACAAAUUGAACCAGUCCUACAAUAUCUUUCGUACACUUAGAAACGCAAGGACUUUUUCUCCUUUACAAUGAGCAUCUAUCAUUUUCCCUUUUUUCUUUUCUUGAUUAUUUUUUAAUGUCUUUUUACGUGUUAUUUCUUCAUUUAUGUGUUAUUUCCAGUGUAAUCAGAUUUAAACAAGUUAAAUUUACUGUAGUUAAGAAAAAAAAUUGACCCGCCUCGAUUAGCAUCUGAUAUCUGCGGGUCAAAGGAAUAUCUGGUACAUAUAUAUAUAUAUAUAUAUAUAUAAAAUAUUCGUAAGUAUAUAUUAAUAUCUUUAUAUAUAUAUAUAUGAGAUCUUGAGGAUGGAAGGGUUUAGAGUGUGGGAGAAAACAAAAUGAGUCCCCGCAUGAAUGAAACCGCAGACUUUCGGAAUUUGCAGUCCGAUCCUCAACUAUUGGCGUAUUUAGUUAUUGUCAUACGCAAUUUGUCAUCUGCUAGUUUCAAAUGUGACAAAUGCACUGCAUACGGCCGGGAUUAGUGAUGUCGAAUCUAUCGAGUGUUUAAAUAGAGUAUAAGAGUAAAUUUUGAGCUCAGAUGUCGAAAAAAUAACACUAUGCAUAAAAACAAUCUUAUCAUAGUUAAACUCAGAUCUACAGAGAGGACUAUGCAUCAUUGAGCACAUAACACACUGACUGGGCCAGACUUGGUCCGAUUUUCCUUGGCAAUAGAGUGCAUUCUAAGAGCGUUAGAACAUUCGGAGAACUCACGCGACUACUUCCCGAUGGUUAAUCCAUUGUAAGUUACUCCCCCCCUGAAAGUUAGCCGAUAGUUGACGAAGAAAAAUUAGACACUGCAUGAACGAUGAUUGCUUAGUCUACGAAGAAUAACUUUUAAAAAUAUGACAUCGAGUCAUGAAAUUUAUCUGACGAUUCACCAGACUAAACGAUAUUAUUGCAAAGCUUACGUUUCCAAGCAAACGCCUUAUCUCAUACCCUUGCUACUGCUUUUGCAUUUGUCAUAGCUGUUAUUUCAAUUCGAUGUUGCAGUUGCUGAACAUAUCUAGUGGUCAGAUUCGUAUCUUGAAGCUGAUUGGCUCCAUGCUGUUGUUGUCUCAUUGGAAUGGCUGUGUCCAGUUUCUUGUCCCGUAUCUGCUGGAAUUCCCAGAAAACAGCUGGGUCGUCAUCAAUGGAUUAGAGGUUGUCACGAUGUUAGGGCUGUGUGUCAAAUAACGUGUGGUUGUAAAAGAACCAAAUCAUCGCCUUCAACGAUGCUCGGAAAUAGGACAAUUUUUAACAGUGGUGGGGGCAAAGGCACGGUCUCUGGGGGAGGUGGGAGGGGAAGGGAGGAUAGGUACUUUUGUUACUUGACUGACGCCGAAUUGCUGGGCGGUGUCGGACGACUUCCACCAAUAAACAAUCCCUGGAUCCUGUCCUGUUUCAUUUGAAUGUCUUAGGAAAUCUGAGAGUGCAUUGGUUUUUCUUUAGAGACCAGUCAUAAAUUACGUUCUCUACCAUAUGACACUAAAGCUGCAGAAGAGACGCACCGUUUUUUUCCUUAUCCCAGAAGACUGGAAUGUCUGACCAAAACAUUGGCAGAUAUACUUUCUCUGGAAAGACGCUCCCUCAUUUAUGUGAGGACCCUGUGUUUCAGUGCACCCUCAACCUCCCGCGGGGAGUAGUCCGGUGCACUGGAAAUUGAACUUGAUGGAUGGCGAUAACAUAUGUCUUGUUGUGUCUUCUAAUUCAGGACCAGCCCCCAGCCAUGCAGUACAGCUGGGCGCUAUUCAAAGCCAUGUCCCAUAUGCUGUGUAUUGGCUACGGACGGUAUCCACCUCAGGCCAUCACUGAAUUGUGGAUCACGCUGUGCAGUAUGACCAUAGGCGCGACCUUUUAUGCAGUCUUCAUCGGCAUCAUGUCUAGUUUAAUAAUGUCUAUUGAUUCGUCAGGACGGCUUUACAACGAAAAGGUAAGCAGGAGAUGGGAGAGCAGUAGCACCCAUGGCAAUGAUAACGAGAAGCUUCGACGAUAUUAGCGCAUGCAAAUCUUUAUAAAACGAAAGCUUUGUAAAAUCUCUUUUAUCUAAUUUAUAAAAUAAUCAAAAACCAACUGCCAUGAUAAUAAGAACUGUCUCACCAUUUCUGCGAGGAUCUAGCUUCUACAGAAUGCUACAAAAUGCUACAGUGCUACCAGGGCUGAAGGUCGGCCAUACCUCUUGUUUUUUUGAGUCAAAAGCACUAGCCACAAUACCACCGCUCAAAUGCAGAGAGAGAAAAUAAAAAUUGAAGCUUAUAUGACAGGGAAGAAAGACGGGAGGGGAGGGGAGAGUUAUGGGGCACGUUUAGAAACAUAUCAUAAAGUAUUGUUACUGCUUCACCUUACAGCUGGUUUAGAAACAUUUCUGUUAUCACUGAGUUUUCUUAGUCCUCUGCCUUACAUUUGAAAAAAAUGUUUUAAAAAGCGACUAUUGGGCAUUUCAGUUGAGUCAAGUGAAGGAGUAUAUGCGAUACCGGAAACUGCCACUGCGCAUUCGUCUUAAAGUGGAGGACUAUUAUGAACAUCGUUUCCACCACAAACUAUUUGAUGAGGAUAUUAUACUCAGUGAACUCUCCAAAGCACUGAGAGUGGUAAAUAUUCACUGAUUGUUCACCUAAAAUUGCCUGACGAACCUAAUAAGACCAACAUGAAUGGCAAAAGCAAUUGGCACGCCUUCCCUUAGAGGUGAUCGAUAAAUAUUGACUCCACAUAACAAAGUUCCCCCCUCCCCCUAAACAAUGAUGACCGGUGGUGACCAAUUUUUUAACACCAGUACAAGCACCAGGCAACAAUGAAUGGGGGGGGGGGAGGGAGGGAGAGAGAGAGUCAUAGAAAGUUAUGAAAAAAAAAUCAAAAAGUAGAAAAGCGUGCUAAGACUUUUGCCACUCAUUGUAGUUAACCCUUUAACUCCCAUAAGUGAUAAACAUGUAACUUCUCCUUAUAACAUCCACACAUCAUCCAGCCAACAUGUAAUGAGAAUACUCAAACUUAUCAGGUAGAAGUUAGUAGUCUUGAUCUAACACCAAAUUCUUACAAUUUAUUUACAAGGAAAUGUGUAGCAAUCAGAGGGAAGAGUUAAAUAUUAUUAUUAUAUAUAUAGGUAUUUUCGAUCGGUGAAGUAGUACCCAUCCCAUAGGGGAAUUUUUCAUGGUCAUUGAAAAGCAGUGUAACAAUAUAAUAAAUGUUAACUUUACAAAGGUAAUUAUUAGUUUCUAAAGAAACUGUUGUGUUAGGCGGGCAUUUCAAAUACUUCUGUCACUAGGCUUAACUAGGUGUAGCUUUUAUUUGAUCCUUUCCCUGCCCGUUUAGUUAAAUAUCAAUUACUGUCCUCUUUAUAGGUGAGAGAACUUUCCAAUAUCAUUUUGCUUCCGGAGUUAGAGGUGUCUUGGUAAACUAUCCAUUAAGACGGCGUUAUAAUUCCAAGAAUGGCAUUUUGCCUUUUCUUCUAUGGAUUAUUAUGAGGCAUUCAAUUAUCAAGAUAUAUAAUAAGCAGAAUUAGGCACGCAUUUUGAUUGAUUCUUACGAUCUGUUAGAGGAUCAAUACAUCAAUGAAUCAUCAUUAACCAUCCUUAAUAAUAUUUUCAUAAUAUGAAAUAAGGUGAUUCUAUGUUGCCGUGGGUCUCUUAAGUAAUAUACCACAGAAGACACCAAAAUGUGGAAGGAACAUUAGUGACACACUCGGCAGCGCCUCAUUUCCCAAUCAUUUGCGUUACCACAUUUUGUCGUCAUCUAUGGUCUAUUACUAAAACAGACGCACGACAAAAAGAGAUCUAUUUGCUAAAUGUAUUGGAUGCUAUACCAGCAAAUUUCUAUACUUGGGUUUGCAGGAUAUUUUGGUUCACAACGUUAGCACAUUGCUUCAAACAGUACCCUUUUUCAGUAACGCCAGUAGUCAGUUCAUCGAGGAUAUCGUUGGCAAACUGCGAUUCGAGGUGUAUUUGACUGGUGAAUAUAUUUGUAAGAGUGGACGGAAAGGAGAUAAGAUGUACUUUAUUCAAAGGGGAAUUGUCGAUGUUCUGACAAAAGACGGUACUUUAGCCACCAGCCUUGGGGACGGUUCACACUUUGGGGGUAAGCUGGUAGCAUUUGGAAGUGAAGUGUCUCCUUACGGGACUGUUUGUUAUUUAUGAGAGGGGGGAGGGGUGGGGAUCGGAAGAAUUUGCAGUCGAUGUUUCUGUAGCCUUCCCUUUAAACUCCCUAAGGGACGACUGAUCAUCCCUCCCUUUUCUCCCCUGAGAGCCAUGUGAUCCCGACAGAAUCCUCCACCCCUCCCCUCACAGGCGAUAAAUAGGCUGAAGUCUUAAUUGCUCGUAAAGUAAAUAUUUGUAAAGUAACGCAAACUUAUCAAGUUAGUUGCUUCUAUAAAAAAAUUUGAUCGUGAUUACUAUCCAACCCAGAACUUUCACUCAACAUUUGUUUUCUUAUACUCUAUACCGUGGUAAUUUUUGAAAGUUAGAAACGGUGGCAGUGUUGAAAGGAAACCCUUUUACGCCGGAAGACACAAGCAUGUUCGGCAUACAAAAUAUUCGAACCUGGCGAUGACUGUGGGUAAUUACAAGUUGCCCUACCUGUUCCCUUCAAAACCAUUCAUGUAUGAAAACAGCAAGUCUAGGAGCUCGAAAGUCUGUUAAACAUUUAUCCAAAAGCUAAGGCAGGCAUGGCUGUAAACUCAUGCCACUCCAGUGGCAAAAGCUUCACACCUUGCUCCAUUCACGCUCUUCAUGUACCCUUGCCAGUAGCCUCGGUCCUCCGCCAUUCACCUAACUGGUUCGGUGGCAAAGUUUCAGAAAUCCUUGAUAUAAUGUGUAUUUCUUCGCCAGAAAUAUGCCUCUUAACGCGAGAAGCACGCAGAGUAGCCUGUGUCCGAGCUGCGACUACCUGUAAUCUGUACUCGUUGUCCUCCCUACAUUUUCAUGAGGUACUUCAGGAGUAUCCAGAUAUGAAGCUCAUGCUGGAGGAAGUCGCAAAAGAAAGACUCAGUCGCAUAGGGCUUGAGCCGACCCUAAAUGAGCCGCUGACAAUGGAGAAAGAAACAGAGAGGUUAGGUAGAAGUGAUAUGGAAAGCGAGCUGGUAGAAAUUAGGCCUGCUGGUUCUGGGUUGUAUGGGAAAUUUUGUAUCUGAGACAAAGACCCGCCACAUAACUCAGCUGCAAUAAAAGCAAACCAAGAAGGAGUUCAGUCAGAGCUAGACUUAGGUCUCUUUAAGGAAAAUGUCAUUUUUGCUUCCCAGGAUUAUUACCUUGUACCAUAACUUCACACGAAAGAACGACGCGAACUGAAGUGUUAGGGAAAGCUCAUUGUUUGUCGUCUGAGGGGAGGGUGGGGAGGGUCGGUAGUUGGCAGUUACAAUUUGUAUGAUCCCCCUACCGAGGUAGCUCUCUGUAAAUACCAAUUAAGUCUGUUAACGACGACUGAUUACCCCUACGUCCCCUCUGAAAAUCACGUGAUCCCUCAAAAUUCCUUCGAUCCCAACAGGCCACAAACAAGGACAGGUCCCUUCGUAAUGUAAAAAGGUUAAAAGUUGGUGACAAGUUGCAACAGUGAGGUUUUCAGUGAGUCUUAAGUCGUAAUAUUACACUCAAACUGUGAGUAUCUUUGAAAUGCAACACGGUCUUAUGUAAAAUUUAAAUUUAACACUUUUCGCAGGGCACUAUUCAAAGCAGAGGAAGACUCCCAAACGAAAGCUCUUAAGUUUCAUCCCAUCCAAAAAAAACCGUCUACUUCCAAGAAGACUACUCCUCUUCCGCAGUGCAAAAAGGCUGUCACGGAAAAGGAGGUUACCACGGCUUCAGAUGCACCACAGGUUACCAAUGUAGUAGCUGUUCGAAAGCGUGCCGCGUCUUUACCAGCUGCGCCAAUGGAUACCCCUCCUUCAGCUGGUUCAUGGGUUGCCUCUUCGUCUACCAACCAACAGCCUAAGGACACAUCUCCACCACGAACCGACAGCCCUUCGCCCAAGAACAAGGGGAAGAUUCCUCCAUUCCUAACAAAAGCGAUCUUUAACACUGUUGCACCGGGAUUGUCGCUUUUCGCGCAAACGCAGGAGCCUGGAUUGGACGUUGUUGUCGAGGAGUACAGUGACGAAGAAGACCCGGAUGUGAUCGCAAUCAUGGCAGACUUUUAA